AUGGCUCAAAUUGAAGAGUUGGGGAUUAGCAAUACUGAUAUUAGUGAAGGAGCAGAACACUUACCUGACGAUAUAACAAGAUUAUACUAUUCAACGGAAGCCAGACCUAACAGACUGAAGCUUAAAAAUCCUGCUUGGUUACUAAAUCAUGAAGAUAAGAAAAAAGUUAAAGAAGAAUUUCAAAAUUUCCAAUCGAAUUAUGAAAACUUGGGUAUUCUUUCUUUCGAAGACAGAGAGGUAGGAGUUGCGUUUAAGAUAAAAGUUAAAGAAAGUAAUCCUGCCCCAGUUCUCUCUUCACCCCCCUUAGAAGAAGAAACUAAACUCAGUAAAGAAGUAGUUGAGCAAAUAAAAGAUUUUCCGUCUAAUUGGUAUAAUUUGGGCCCCAAAUUAGAUGCUGAAAGAAAAUUACUAGUUAAGAAAUUAAUACCUAACAAAAAAUUAAGAAAAAGAUAUAAAAUUUAUGGAUUAUGUCUACAGUGCCAUCGGCCGAAAACCGGUGGCAAUUGUGAAAUUGAUAAAUUUAUCCAAGAGACUCAAUUGGAAGCGGUUAACAAUCAGCAAAAACAUAAAAUAGUUCAAUGCUAUGGUAUUUCUCAAGACCCUAGAACCAAGAAUUACAUCAUGGUAAUGCAAUAUAUGCUAGGUGGUAAUUUGAGAGAAUUUUUAAAUAAACGCUAUGAUAGUUUAGAUUUUGAAGAAGAUAAACAAGAUACUGCUAAGAUUCUUGGUAGUUUUAUUACUGAUUUAGGUCUGUGUAGACCAAUUAACGAAAAUGAUAAGGAAAAAAUUUUUGGCGUUUUGCCUUAUGUGGCUCCUGAAGUAUUAAGGAAAGAAUCACACACCCAAUCAUCUGAUAUUUACUCUUUUGGCAUAAUCAUGUAUGAGAUUCUUUCGGGUCUACCUCCCUAUGCUGAUUUAACCUACGAUCAAUCUACUAACUUAGUUUUAAAAAUUUGUCAAGGUUUACGACCUAAUUUAAGCGACGUUAUUGCACCACAAUUAGUCAAAGAUUUAGUCAGCCGCUGUUGGGAUGCCGAUCCUGCUGCUCGUCCUGCCACUAGGAAGAAUGAAACAAAACUUUACCAACAAUUUAAGGAGUUGGAAGAGUUAUAUAAAGAGACAUCAGAAAAUAUUGGGCGAAAAUAUAAAAAUUACCCUUCAGCCAAUUGUAUCAGCCGCCUUUUAGACUUUAAGAGCCUCCCUAAGCCACAAAAUUCUAAAGAAAUUAACAUUAACAAGCAAUUUUACAUUAAUCAGGAAAUAAAACAAAUUGAAGAAAGAUUUGAGUUUCUUAAAAAACCUUUAGAAAAUGAAUUAAAAAAAUUAGUAGAAAAAUUUAUUGAAAUUAAAAAGGAAUCAUUAAAAAACAAAGAAGAUAAACAAGUUAAAAAACAGGCUAGAGAACUAAAAAAACAGUUAGGAGAGAAAGGACUUGAAAAGAAAAUAGAUGAAGAAGUUAUUCGUUGCUGCGAAAAUUUAGUUGAAUUAGAACAGCAACUGGAAAAAGAAGAGUUACGAAUGCAAGUUGAAAUUACUACUAACAAAUAA